UUUUUUUUUUUUUAAUUUUUAAAUUGAACAAAACAAUUCAAUCCUUGCUCCGCACAAAUCAGUUCACAAGACGAAGAGAGAGAAUUAGAGGAGAAGACAGCGCGAAAAACAGAGCAUUUGGCCACGCCUGCUUUCGCGAGCCUCAGCCGAGAAAACCACUUAUCGCCGUCGCCGGUUCCGCUGCCGCCGCAUUUCAGUGCUAAUGGUAGCUUGCUGAGCAAAAUAAGCGACAUGCUCCGUCUAAAUUCCUACUGUCACACUCACAAUCGUCAUUCUAGUCUUCAUAGACUGCUAUUAUCCUCUGAUUUUCCUAUGUUUAACUCCAAAAUUUUGCCUCAAUUUAAGCCUAUUUCUCCUUCUCCCUGUUCUACGUUUCGAAGGCAGCUUUUUUGCUCUCCCAAAGUGCAUUUAUUCGCUUAUUCUUCAAUACCCACUUCCGAUGUUCGCCCUACUUCACUCAGAACUGCUGGGUUGUGUUAUGCCGCUCAUCCUAGUUUAUCAGUACCUGUGGAAGCUUUACCUCCUCAAUCUCAUAGACUUAGUAAGCUGAUGAAGAAAUUGGAUGAGCUUGGCAUUAAAGGUCACGACCCUGAAGAAGGCCAAUAUAAUAACUUGUUGUGCCCUAUGUGUAAAGGUGGUGAUUCGGGUGAGCAUUCCUUGUCGUUGCACAUAAGUGAAGAUGGGAAUUCUGCGGUGUGGCUUUGUUUCCGUGGAAAAUGUGGUUGGCAGGGCAACACAAUGGCUGCUGCUAAUGUUCGGUCGUCCAUUGAGAAGUUGAGCCAUAUUAUGAAAGCUGAAAAAAAAGAAUUAUCAGAGAAGAGUCUUGGGCUAGAGCCACUUUGUACUGAGCUACUCGCAUAUUUUGCAGAGAGAAUGAUUACUGCAGAAACGUUGAGGAGAAAUUAUGUUAUGCAGAAAUCCUAUGGUAAUCAGAUUGUUAUUGCAUUUACUUACCGACGAAAUGGAGUUCUAACAAGCUGCAAAUAUCGUGAUGUCAAUAAGAAAUUUUGGCAGGAAGCUGAUACUGAAAGAAUAUUUUAUGGGCUGGAUGAUAUAAGGAAUGCAAGUGACAUCAUCAUUGUUGAAGGAGAGAUGGAUAAGCUAGCAAUGGAAGAAGCUGGGUUGCGCAAUUGUGUGAGUGUGCCUGAUGGAGCACCUUCUAAAGUUUCAGAUAAAAGUGUUCCAACGCAAGAUAAGGACACGAAGUAUCAGUUUCUGUGGAAUUGCAAGGAUUACUUUGAAAAGGCAUCUAGAAUAAUAUUAGCAACUGAUGGGGAUCCUCCCGGUCAAGCAUUGUCUGAGGAACUUGCUCGCCGUCUUGGGAGGGAGAGAUGCUGGCGAGUUAAGUGGCCAAAGAAAAACGAGUUAGAUGACUACAAAGAUGCAAACGAGGUUCUUAUGUAUUUGGGGCCAGAGAAACUCAAGGAAACAAUUGAAAACGCUGAGAUAUAUCCAAUUCAAGGGUUGUUUCCUUUCAGAGACUAUUUUCAUGAAAUUGAUGCAUAUUAUGACAGGGUUCUUGGUGAUGAGCUUGGUGUUUCUACUGGUUGGAGGUGUUUGGAUGAGUAUUACAAUGUUGUACCUGGCGAAUUGACCAUAGUGACCGGUGUUCCUAAUUCUGGAAAAAGUGAAUGGAUUGAUGCUUUAAUAUGCAACCUUAAUGAAAAUUUUGGUUGGAAGUUUGCACUUUGCUCAAUGGAGAACAAGGUUCGUGAGCACGCAAGAAAACUUUUGGAGAAGCGCAUAAAGAAACCAUUUUUUGAUGUUAGGUAUGCUGCUUCUCUUGAGCGGAUGACAAGAGAGGACUUAGAGGAAGGAAAGAAAUGGCUAGAUAAUACAUUCCAUCUUAUACGGUGUGAAAAUGAUAGCCUUCCCAACAUCAAAUGGGUUCUUGAUCUUGCAAAAGCUGCGGUUUUGAGGAAUGGUGUGCGUGGCCUUGUCAUUGAUCCGUAUAACGAACUUGACCAUCAGCGUCAUCACAGCAUGACAGAAACAGAGUACGUUAGCCAGAUGCUUACAAUGGUCAAACGAUUUGCUCAACACCACUGUUGCCAUGUUUGGUUUGUUGCUCAUCCUAGACAGCUGCACAACUGGGUCGGUGACGCUCCUGGCCUUUACGACAUCAGUGGUAGUGCACAUUUCAUUAACAAAUGCGACAAUGGGAUCGUAAUUCAUCGUAACAGGGAUCCAGAGGCGGGCCCACUUGAUAGAGUGCAGAUCUGUGUAAGGAAGGUACGGAAUAAGGUUGCUGGUACAAUUGGUGAUACUUACUUGACCUAUAACAGGAUAACUGGUGAAUUUGUGGAGCUGAAAAACUAAUUCCGUUAGGAAGGUAGACGGCAUCUUAAGGUUAGAUGGUCCAAUUGCCUCAUGGAAUUCCAUUGAUUCUUCAAGUCUCUUCUGCAAUCUCAAAGGAGGGAGUGAGUAUUGGAGGUGUACAGUAUACAAGUGUUUUUUGAUAGAUGUUGCUUCUAAAAAAACUGAAGUUUGCACUAGUGGAGGCAAAUAUAGUUGAUUAUUAGCAUUUGCUCUAGGAUUUAGCAGUAGCAAAAGAAAGAAAACAGAUUUGAGAGUCAAGAUGCUGUGAAGCUUCAACUUUUUAUGGUAGCUCAAAGACCUUUGUUUGUUUGUUUGUUUGUAUUAUAGAGUGACCUAUCCGAUUGGUAAAUGUGAUGAACCAUUCAUAGCUGUUCAUAAUUUUGGUGGCAUUUUCGACGAAUUGAUUAUUAUCGGCGUAGAAGUUUGAACUUCACUGUGUGGAAUGGUGCCUAUAUGAAAUUUCAGCAUGGUUAUGUAGAUUUGAAAUCGGACCUGGUUGUUCUUUCUGUAAGCAGCAAUAGAAGAGUAUAUUUACAAAGCUAUACAAAAUGUACAUGAUUUGUUUAUUUGUUGAUUUGAGACAUUGACUAUUGUACACUUGUACCUCGUUCUGUAAACCAAUUUGGCAGUGUACUCUUCACCCUCCGUUUCGAAUUUAGUUCUUGCUAAGGCCAGUUUACAAGGUCGAUUUUAUUUAA